GUCGCCUUGACGAGUCAUCGCUAGAGAAGACCCCAAAGCGCACGGAGCCGCUGUCUGAUGGCUUGAAAAGAGGAAUAACGGUUGAUCGCAGCGGAUUUAUUGCAUUACACAAGCCUUAAGGGGCCAAGCGGCAGUCGCAGAGGUGGACUGGAUGUCGAUGUGAAUUAUGGUUUAGCAUCUUUGAGUGAGGCUGUCGCCGUUUGCUUGCGGAGCCGGAUACAGACAACACAGACACAGACAGAAAGUAGUACCAGAGCCGCCGAGACACCAGCGAGCAAACUUGGCAUCUCCGUACAGUGGGAGGUGUCUUCCUGAGCCUACCAGUCGCUGCAUCUCUUAAAAGACAUUGUUUAAAUGGGUUGUACCGAAAUAAUUUUUUUGUAACUUGCUAUUUUUUUCCCCGAUUUUUUUCUUCUUUUAUUCUUUACCCGGCAACCAACUGUGGCUUUAAUGUGACGCACCAUACUGACAUUUGUGCCGAGUGUUGGAGAGGACCCCCACUAUAGAGGAGUUAAAGGCUCGAUUAUCGAGUUUUUUUGUCUUCAUAUUUCAGCGGUACCAUAUAGUCCACGCUGAUGUGAGAGUGAAAAGGACUUGAGCAGACUGGGCUGGGCCAGGCUAGGUCCACCUAGCCGUCUGUCUGGCCUGACCAGACGGGCCAGCAACCUCUUCAGAGGCAGAGGAGAUCUUCACCAGACCUUCCAGUUUGGCUGUGAAGGAUUCUAGAAAGCUGUACUGGUUUGAUCAAUCUCCAGUCCUUCCAUGUUGUGGUCGUCCCGGUCUGGAUGUUGGCAGCAGGAUGGAUUCGGGUGUGGAUUUGAACAUUGACACCUCAUUGCAGUGCUUGCAGCCCUCCUUCUUUGACUGCCUUUUGUCUAUUCCCUCCUCAAUCUCUAAGCCCCUUCCCCUCACCUGGGGCCCCCCUGAGCCCUGUAUGGAAGGGCCUUAUAGAAACUGUAGGCUGUCUUGUUAAAAUAAUUGACGUUUCAAAGUGGAAGCAGAGUUAAGUCCUAACAAACUGCUAAACACAGCAAAGGUUGCUGCAUUUAAUUGAUUAAUCUCCUGUAACGCAUCACCUUUGUUUUUCUUCAAGUGUCAUAAUUCUGGGAGUUUUUCAGUUUACAAAAAUCCUUAUUUUUACACACAAUUUCUUCUUUUGUGUUCUGAGCCUUGUGGAAGAAUGUCGAAAAGCAGCAGCAGCAGCAGCAGCAAAGCAGUGAAAUUCAUUGCCCCACUCCCCCCUGCAUCCUCUGCCUCCCCCUGCCCCUCACCUCAAUCCCCCCACAAGAAUGUGAACGGCUCUGCCAGUUCAGACUCGCAUGUUGUGGACAACAUCAUCGGAGAGCCUGAGGUGCAACGCCGGCGCCACACAAUGGAUAGAGACUCCAAAACAGCUGAGCACCGUUUCUUCCGUCGGAGUGUUAUUUGCGACUCCACUGCUACAGCUUUGGACCUUCCCAGCAAAGCAGCUGUGAUACUUGCCUCACCUCCAGACAGUGAAGGGACUCCCACCGUCUUGUCUUUACAUUUUUUGGGAUCUGGAGUUGGGCAACAGGAUUCUGAAGGCAAGGCAGACGCAAGAGAUUCCCAUCUGCUUAACACCGGCCUCCCGCCUUACCUUGAGCUCGGUGGGACAGUCACACAGGGGCACAAGCAAAGUGCUGAGGGAGAGUCAGGUGUGAGCGUUAUAACAGUUGCUGUUCCCAGCAGUGGUGUUGUUGACCAUAGCGCUGAUGGGACGACAAAGGAGCCCAUCCCGACAGUAUUGGAUUUUACGGACAAAACAGAUGUCACACAGCCUGACGUUAUAUUGCGUACCAGAGGGCUUCAGGACUCGCAUCAGGUGGCAAAAGAUGGGAAAGGGAUUGAGCCUGUGGAUGAAGGGAGCACUAGUAGUCCGACAGAGGAGAAAGACAGGGAGCCAGAGGAGGAGAAGGGACUAGCGAAAGCACGGGCAGAGCAGCGAGAAGCUGAGAAACGAGUGCAAGAAGACAUAGAGGAGGCUGAAACAAAAGCGGUAGGGACUUCACCAGAUGGCCGCUUCCUGAAGUUUGACAUCGAGAUCGGAAGAGGGUCUUUUAAGACUGUGUACAAGGGACUGGAUACAGAGACUACAGUGGAAGUGGCGUGGUGUGAGCUACAGGACCGCAAGCUGUCCAAGUCGGAACGUCAGCGAUUCAAAGAGGAAGCCGGGAUGUUAAAAGGUCUCCAGCAUCCCAACAUCGUCCGCUUCUAUGACUCCUGGGAAGGUCCCUGCAAAGGAAAGAAGUGCAUUGUUCUCGUCACUGAGCUCAUGACAUCUGGCACAUUAAAAACUUACCUGAAGCGUUUCAAGGUGAUGAAAAUCAAGGUUUUGCGUUCGUGGUGUCGACAGAUCCUCAAAGGUCUUCACUUCCUGCACACCAGAGCCCCGCCCAUCAUUCAUAGAGACCUGAAAUGCGACAACAUCUUCAUCACAGGCCCCACAGGCUCUGUGAAGAUAGGAGACCUGGGGCUGGCCACGCUAAAGAGGGCGUCUUUUGCCAAGAGUGUCAUAGGUACUCCUGAGUUCAUGGCUCCAGAGAUGUAUGAAGAGAAGUACGAUGAGUCUGUAGACGUGUAUGCCUUUGGGAUGUGUAUGCUGGAGAUGGCCACCUCAGAGUAUCCCUACUCUGAAUGUCAAAAUGCUGCCCAGAUUUACAGACGCGUUACAAGUGGAGUGAAGCCUGCCAGUUUUGACAAGGUAGCCAUUCCUGAGGUGAAGGAAAUUAUAGACGGCUGCAUUAGAACAAACAAAGAUGAGCGAUAUGCCAUAAAGACGCUGCUGACCCACGCGUUCUUCCAGGAGGAGACGGGGGUCAGGGUUGAACUUGCAGAGGAGGAUGAUGGGGAAAUGAUUGGUAUCAAAUUGUGGCUCAGGAUAGAAGACGUCAAGAAGCUAAAAGGAAAAUAUAAAGACAACGAAGCAAUCGAGUUCUCCUAUGAUCUGAAUAAGGACGUCCCUGAAGAUGUGGCGCAGGAAAUGGUUGAGUCAGGUUAUGUUGCUGAGGCUGACCAUAAGACUAUGGCCAAGGCUAUCAAGGACCGUGUGUCACUGAUCCUAAAGAAGAGAGAACAGAGGCAGCUGGUACGAGAAGAACAGGAGAAGAGAAAACUGGAGGCAGAACAACAACAACAAGAGUCCUUAAAAACUUCACACACGCAGGCAGAGACAGAGGAGCCCGAAGUGGAGCAACAACAGCAUCACUAUCAGCAGACCGCCAUCUCACAUACAUCUGAAGGAGGUGUUGACAGUGGGCAGGGUUCCUCCGUUUUCUCCUCAGACUCCCCCCACCUGGGUCAGCUGACCAUGUCAUACAGCUGCCCCCCCUCUUCCCAGCCCCCUUCCCAGACCCCAUACCCUCCAAACCCCUCCGCUGCCCUGCAGCAACACCCAGGCUACACCCAGCCGCCGCAGCCGAUGCCCGUAUCACACUGCCGUCGAAGUCGUAGCAUGUCUAUUUGCGUCCCCCCCUCCUCCUACUCCUUCUCUCACGCUCCUCCAUCCCUGGCCAUUCCUCCAAAAAAGCCUGCCACACCUCCUCCAGACUUGUCCUCCUACACCUCCACCUCUACCACCUCCCCCAGCACACCUCUCGCAGCUGAGAGGGACACUUUCGCUGGGCGCCUCUCCAAGGCCCUGGAGACAGUCCUACCCCUUCACUCAGCCUCUUCUCAGCCCAGGGCCAGGCAGCGGAGGGCCAGCCUACCUGCUCUGUUCUCAACCCCUCUUUCAGUGCCACACCCCUUCAGCGGAGGAGCAAGCUCAGGUGGAGGAGGCACAGGAGGGGGCAUCCCUCUCCCAACUCUCCCAGACCCCCCAACCAUUUUCUUCCCUUCCAUCCCAGAGCGUCCCAUUUCCUUCUCACCUCCUCCUACUGGGCCUCCAAAGGCGUACAACACACAGAGACGCAAGAGCACGUCUAUUCUCGAGGCGCACACCCGACACUUCCAGCCUGCCUACACUCGCUAUGGAAGCAGCCUCCACCCCUUUUCUGGAAUGGAAGGUGUUGAUACUCCACCCCUUUUUAUGGUCAAUCCUGGUUUUGCCGCAGCUGCUCAAAGACUUGGUGUUGGGGAACCUCUCCAUCUCCCAGGACAGUCUGACCCAAGUAUGUAUGGUUUUAAAGACAUGAGAGCAGAACACGAGGAAGCAGUGAGGAGAUUAAGUCUGAAUCAAGCUGCCCUUUUGGACCAUUAUGAAGCAAUGGCAUAUGGAGGAUAUCCAAUGACUGCACACCAGCUUGGCCACUUGAGUUUCCAUCAGAGGCAGGCAGCAGCUGCAGCUGCUAGUUUAGCCUUUGAUCCUGGUCCUUCUCAACCAGGGUUCUUACACCCACACCUUAUACAAAGAAUGAGUGCACACAGCCCAGUACCUCCACCUUUACCCCCCAUGAGUGCAUCAACAGGUGGUUCCAUCUCCUCCUCGUCAUCUGAGGGAUUCUAUCCUCCGCAGCAUGCAUCCUCAUCCUCCUUCCCUAUUUCAGCACCUCCAGUUAUGGCUGAUGCCCCGCCAUCUGCUGGAAGUGUUUUUGAAUUUCAUUUAGCAGCAGCGGCGGCAGCUGCAGCUGCUGCUGGAGACCCAAAUCUCCUUGCAUCCAGACUUUACAGAGCCCGAAGGAGCUCCAUGGACCUCCCUCUAGAGGACAGCUCUGGAACAGGAUCUGGUGGCUCAGGAACAUACAGCCGCCUCCAGCCGGUGACGGAGGAACUGCAUACAUACAUUAGUCCGGAGCUUCCCAUACCCCCUGGAAGCCUUCUCCUUCACCACAUUGGUGUAAACACAAAGGACAGAAGUCCAGAUCCGUCCAGUGACUCUCUGGCUUCCUCUGACGCAGGAGAAUUCCAGUCACCACCUCCCCCACCUCUCCUCCCUCCCUUUGAUUCCUCUGCAGCCCAGUCUAUACCUCGCUCGUCCUCGUCUGUACACUAUGAUUCAUCAGGGGGAGUGCUUCACAUGGAUCCCCAGGGACAUCCCCCUUCAGUGCAGAACUUUUUUCCCCCCACCCCGUUGUCUGAGCCCCCGCUUGGUGGAGCACCAUCAACUCAGCUGGAGUCACUGAUGCAGAGUGCCUGGGCUCGGCAUGGAGGGGUGGUACCAGCCCAACCUGAUAUGACAUACCACGAGUCAUUCCUGGCUAUGCAGGCUGCUAACCCCCCUCUGCAGGUGCGGGCCUCCACCCCUCAGCCAAGUUCAGGACCUCCUCUGGUGCCAGCCACCAACCAGCCAGCUCCUCCUGGGACUUCCCAACAAGUUGUAUCAUCUAGUCAGAGUAGUGCAUCUCUUCAAAGCCCCCCACACACAGUUCAACAACAGGUGCCUGCACAGUCGGCCUCACACUCCUCAGAGCUGUCUCAGUCACAGCUACUGCUGCCUCAAGUUCUCUCAACUAUAGAGAGCUGCCACUCAGAGGCCUCAGGCCUGAGUGACAGCAAUGAAGGCGGCGGUCGCCACGAAGGCCGCUCCACCAAGCGACAUCAGAGACGUUCUGUACGCAGCCGAUCGCGCCAUGAGAAGACUUCCAAGGCGAAACUCAAUGUUCUUAAUAUCUCCAACCUUGGAGACAGGGUAGCCGAGUGUCAGCUGGAGACUCACAACAGGAAGAUGGUGACUUUUAGGUUUGACCUAGAUGGAGACAACCCAGAGGAAAUCGCCCAGAUCAUGGUUCAGAGUGAGUUCAUCCUGGAAAGUGAGCGGGAGUCAUUCAUUGAGCAGGUCAGAGAGGUAAUCGAGAAUGCUGAUCAGAAAGGUCUGGAAAGAGACUCAAGCAGCCAGAUGGUGGGUGACAAGGAGGAGCAGAUUCCUAUGAAAUCUGCACCUAUGCCAGAUAUCCCUCCAAGUGCAACAGCACAAGUGGUCCAUUCAGCAGGGCGGAAAUUUAUUGUUAGCCCCGUACCUGAAGCCAGGCUGAAGGAACAAAUGUUUCCCUCCUCUCCUUCUCCUGCACCUCAUGUUGAAGCAGCUCCAUCUCAAACUCCUGGUCAAGGUUUGGGACUGUCACAGUCUGCAGGAGCAAUCAGCUUACAGCAAGCCUUCUCUGAACUUAGACAGAACCAAAAUCAGUUUGAUCCGGGACCCAGCACUGCUCCAGCCUCCGUCCACUCCACCCAUCCUCUUUUGCCACCUGUAGCAGCUUCGGCCCCUUCGCACAGUAGCACAGUCACUCCCCCUGUGGAUGCCACUGUUGGGCUUGUCCAUUCUAGUUUAAACCAGGCAAAGGAGCAGGUGGAUGCCUCUCCACCUCCCCUUUCCUUAUCCUCCACCCCUUCUUCAAUGCCCCCUGUUUGCAUCAGCCCUCCUUGUUCCUCAUCUCCUCCUGCUACUAUGAUAAAUCAGUCCAUCCUUCAGUCACAGGUACUUUCUCAGGCUGUGUCUCAACCACAAGCCCAGGGACAAGCACAAAUCCAGCCCCACGCUUUCAUCCAGUCCCAAACAGUUCCUGCUGUCGUUGCCACCUCAGUACCUUCCACUUUAACACCAGCUAGCCUCCCUAGCACUUCUCCAGCAAUGCUCACCUCUCCUCCUCCCGCCCAGGCUCUUCCCUUUGUGUCCUCGCCGCCCUCUUCCACUCCUGCAGUCAGUGAAGUCUCAUCAGAUCAUCCAUCAGUCUCUCCCAAUUCCUCCCUUACGUCUUCCCUCUCUCCAUCAGUCAUCCCCACCACUGCCAUCCCAGGUCCUCAGCUUGUUCCUUCUGCUCCCUCCCAACCUCUUUCUUCUCCCCCUUCUUCCUCUGUGGGACUCCAGCCAGGGACUGCAAAUGUUCCUUCAGUCCAACCAACUUUGGUGCACUCCCAGCCACAGACAGCAGCCCUACCAGGGCAGACGCACACGCACUCUGGGGAAUGUGAUACAAGGAGUGAGGCCUCCUCUGAGUCCCAAGGCAAACCGGAUGACAUCCAGGCUUUAGAUAUGAAGCUGCGGUCUCUCUUCAUGGAUCUCGGUGGAGGGGUGCCAUCUACACAGGGUGACAUCUCGGCUGCUGAUUUAGCCUCUGGAGCACCUGUGCCAGGUACCUCGUCUCCAAUAGGCCCCAGCUCUACCUCCACCACAAUUGCCACAGCAACUGGCUCUAGUCAGCAAACCAAUCCUCCUCAGCCCCCCUCCAGCCUGGUGUUGGGCUCACUAGGGUCAUCGUCACCAGUCCAAGGCCCUGGAACACCUAUCUCUACCCCUGCACAGACCAUCAUCCCUGCCUCUUCCUUAAACCAGACUACUCCAUCCAAACCCCCCUUAUCCAGGUUACCGGCCACUUCUCCUCCUUCAGAACUCCUGACAUCCUUCCCAGGACCUUGUCUAAUACAGUCCCAGCAGCCUCUGGAGGAUCUGGAUGCCCAGUUGAGAAGAGCUUUGAGCCCAGAGACUGUUUCUGUGAGCUCACACACACAGGCUCCUCACAGCGGUGUGCCUUCAGUAGGACAACCAAUUCCCUUGUUUCUGGAGGAAGAAGUAGUGUUUUCUCCCACUCCUCCUCCUGCAUGUGCAAUUAAAUUGGGAAGAUUUCAGGUGUCAUUGGCUAAUGAGCCCGCCAUCCAGCGCCCAGCCAUCUCUGAAUCUUCCUCCACCACCUCAUCCACUUCGUCCUCCUCCUCGUCCUCCUCCAGUCUCUCCAGCCCAGAAAACACUUUGCACAAAGGCUCCUCUUCUCCUCUGGGAGGGGGAGGGGGAGAAGGACAAGGCGGGGAUGUUGUAGAUGGACUUCCUCAAAUGACUCCUACAGGGUCUCACUACACCUCUCCUUUCACAUCUCCCUGCUCUUCUCCAAAGUCCACCGCCACCAUCGGACGCUUCCAGGUUACUACCAACACAGAGGCCCGUGUUGGUAGGUUCUCAGUCAGUCGCGCCCCAGAGCAGAGCCUCGAGUCCAGGCAGAGUCCACCACCUGCUGCCCAGGCUGCUAAUGGACCCAGUGAUGCUGACCAAGUUUUGACCCCAGACUCCACUCAUAAAGCCUCCUUGCCGAGCCUAAACAACAACUCCUUCAAUAACUCCUACAUCAGCAGUGACAAUGACUCAGAAUUUGAGGAUGAAGACUUCAAACAUGAAGUCAGCCGCCUCAGAGAAAAGCACAUGCGUGAGAUUCAGGCCCUCCACUCCCGCCAGAAGGAGGAAAUAGACCGUCUGUUCACCAGACUGGGAAAGGUUCCUCCAGCUGCAGUGAUCCCUCCAGUUAUCACUAUGACUGGGAGAAGGCGUCGCCCAACCAAAAGCAAGUCUUCAAAAUCCUCUAGAACGAGCUCCACGCAUGGCAGCAAGAGUCCGUUACCGCAAGGCAGCACCUUAUCCGCCCAGAGUGUCCCGGUUGUGUACCCGGGCCAGCUGGCUCUGUUAGCCCCAGCAGGAUUAGCUGAUUCGGGCAGCAGCUCUGUGCUCCAGCCCCUCAAACCCUCUCCCUCCAGCGACAACCUGUGUUCGGCCUACACCAGCGAUGCAGCUCUGUCUGUGCCCAGCCUGUGUGCUCCGACCCCAGGCUGUGUAAAGUUCAGCUGGGGUUCGGAGCGUUUGGCCUUCAAGCCUGGCGGCAGGAGGACGCGCUUUCUGAGGAAGAUGGUGAAAAAAGUCUGCCCCUGCAACCAGCUCUGUAGGACUAAUAGUACCAAUGCAGUGGGUGGUUCGGGCGGUUUGGGUCAAAGCCAGGGGGGCUCCCAGUGUCUGCCACCCAACUUGUCAGCUCCCCAACAGAGAAAAGGAACCUUCACUGAUGACCUCCAUAAACUGGUGGACAAUUGGGCCAGAGACGCCAUGAACCUCUCACAGGUCAAGAGGAGUGCCAAACAGCAGCAGCAGGCCCCGACACAAGGACACAGCUAUGAGGUGAUCCAGUCAGCCAGUCUAAGCAGGAAGUUUUCAGCUCCCAGCCAAUUAUGUCCCAGCAGCAUUGGAGGCUCCGCCCACCUCCCUGCAAACCCCACCUCCGCUACCUCUCUGGCCGCCCACAAGGGCUCCUUGUGCCACCCUCCUGCCUCCUCCACUCAACCCCAACUCCAGCCCCCCCAGUUCAUGCACUACACCCCCACUGCCACCUAUACGGCACAAUGGUCUGGUCCGGCUCACAGCCUGCCAAACCCACACCAGGCCCCAGCACAGCCUCUGCUGGUCAGCACCUCUCAGCCUCUGGGCCCCUAUCCCGCUCCGCAGGGCCAAAUUCCAGGGCAGGGCCCGCUUCAGGCUUUCCAUCUGACCAACACUCUGCAGAAGUCAGUGAGCAACCCAGGAGGGCCCAACCUGAGGACCACGUAGGGUUUGGGGUGAGGGCUGGUUUCACAGCCCAACUGUGACAGGUGUGAAGUGGAGCAUUCUGGGACUGGAGAGAACAGAGGGAACUGAAGGGGGGUGGAGAACAAGAAGUUUUAAAGGUUGGAAAAUGAUGUGUUCAAGAGGAGGAAAGAAAUGGCGCAUGGUCGUCUCCACUCCCCUCCUACUUCCAAGCGUGAAAAGCUGUCAGAGCCGAGCAGCCAUGAGAUCCGACUCUCUGCGGUGGGCUUGUGACAAGCAGUGAUGCAUAAAGGAAAAGACUUGUGUGCAAUGUUUAAAGGCCAAAGAGGUUCUGGCAGGGUAUGGGAACGUCUGUCCAUAACUGAUAAGGUGUAUGGGGUCAUAUGACUGGGUCGCACUUAUUCCAGAUCCUGUUCUAAUGGCUGGAACAAGUCUGCAUGUGACAAGGGGGUUUGUGUUUUUGCUUGGUUGUUGGUGGGAAACCAUUAUAUCAUACUGGGUAGGAGGAUGAGGAGAGAGAUUCUCCACUUGUCAAAGAAGGUUGCAAGAUAAAAUGAUGCUGAUGGAGAUCGGGGAUGAGCACGACUGGAGUGUUUUCAAAGCAAACGAUUAACGACUACAAUAUAAUAUGUUUGUGUUUAGUAACUUAGUCAUAAAAGCACAAAGUACGCCAAGAUCAACUUAACCAAACGCAUAUGGAGAAUAUGUGUGGCCCAGCUCUCGGUUAUUCCUCUGCAUCCUGUUUUUCCCUCCAGAGACAGAUGGAGGAAGGAGAGAAGAUGAAGAGGAGGAAGGUUGUGUUUUUAUCAGAUAGCACCUCAUCUGAUCACGGAUUUACCACUCACUCCAGCAGAUGCCUCUUCACAAUCACGACUCCACCUCUUCCUCCAUCCCUCUUUUCACCUCUCUGUUGCCAUUUGAAGCAAUAACAGCAGUAACCUUUCAGAGAAGGAAAAAAAAAAAAUCCAAAUGCAAGAAAGUUUGGUGUGAAAAAGUGGCCUUGUUACCAGAAUAAUAUCAGAGUCCUUGUACAGUUUGAGUGUGUUUAUAAUUUAGACUUUGAGCUGUGAUGAUUCCAUUCUGUUGUUUAUUUUGCUUUCCAUUGUUGGGUUUGUUUUGCUUGCUGCCCCCCAGCUAGCAAUUUUACACACAAAAAAACAUAUCCGACACACACACACACACACACACAUGCACAGACAUUUAAACCCACUCACUCAUUGGGUUCAUUGGAGGCGUAGCAGCAGUUACUGGUAGACUUUGCCUCAGUUCCUAGUCUCAAAACUCCGUUUGGGUUGAAACGAUUGCAAUGUACAUUACUAUCAUUAUUGUUGUUGUUGAUUAUUCUAUUUAAAAAGAAACAAAAAUAAAACGUGUUCUGUCAAUGGACCUGUUAUACGUGCACAUCGCUGUACGAUGUGGAGACACUGUGAUUAUAGUUGUUUAUUAUUAGCAAAUGUUGUUGGACAACAUUAAUUUUAGGGUGAUAUGUCACAAAAAAAAAAAACCUUCAGAGAGCAUGUUGGGGUCCUUUCACUUUCACUUCAACAGGUUCUCAACAUAAUGUGAAAACUUGCAACUUUCCUUUUCAAUAAGCGUCCUAGCAUCCAUUUACAGAGGACACACUUUAGAAAAAUGCCUUACCAACAACCAAUCAGCUGCAGUCUCUGUUUAUCUUCAUGACUGAUUGAAUUGAAAGUAGAAAUCGACCUCCAAGCCUGAGUAUAAAGACAAAACCUGAGUGAACGGCAGGAUAGUUAUUUAGAUAAUAAAGUAAAGCUAGCUAUUUUUUUCUUAAUACAGUACUUAUAUAUCAGACACUUUAAAUAGCCCUCCUGUUGUCCUGCUCCCCUGGUUUUGUUAGAUGAAUGUGAAUGUAUAAACCAAUGGUGUCCAUUGUAAUGUACUUGAAAAAAAAGUUUUAUUUUCACCGUCUUUGCUUCUCCUUACUCCACCACCCCCCUCUCUCUCUUUAGAGCCUCUGGUUAAAACCGGAGGUACUUCUAGUGCCUUGCAUCCUUCCUGUUGCUUCUUCAUUGAGGGUCGAGGACUUGGGUUGAAGUUGGCAGAAUGAGUAGAGGGUAGUUUUGGAGGCAGGCGGAUGUCAGUGGUGAUGGUUUGUUGAGGUAGGUAGAGGAGUGUGUAUGCUGGUGUGGCUAACUUCUGAAUAUUUCUUCUUGUUGUUGGAGGAAAAUGAUUAACAACUGAACAGAUUUGGAGGAUGAAAAUCUAGCCCGAACGCUGCCUUGUGCUGUCAGUGUUGUUUCUUUUGCUGUGUGUUUUCUCAGUUUUAAGGAGGGAGUUACUGAAGAUUGUAUAUUUGAAGCUUGGACCACUCUGUACUGAAGAGGCAGCAUACAGUCUGUUACGUUUUCAAGUGGGAAAUUAACUUCAGUCCAGUUAGUUUUCGAUUACAAUCAAAGUUGGUUCAACAACAAGGUACUACUCUGCUGAUCUGUUGGUUUCUUACCCUUGUUUAAUGCACGAUUUCAUCAUCAUUCAGUAACUGGAGAGACCAAACAUGUUCCUUAAAAAACUUUUUUUUUUUUUUUUUUUUAUGUUUUGAGGGAAUAUUGAAGAAUGUGUCACCCCAUUGGAUAAAUUAACCUCCGUGACUUCAUUUUCUAACUAACACCUGGCCUGAUGCCGUGAAAAAUGACUCAGUUGUGGCCAAGAAAAAGUAGCUUUGAGCCAACCUGUCAGUCCUAACUUCAGCUUCAAGAGAAAUGUGAAUGUGGUUGUUGUGGAAAGUGGUAGAAAUAUCUGUAAGCACAGUGCUUGUUGGGAGUUUUUUUUUUUUUUUUUUUUUGAUCCAAGGCCUUUGACACCCUCUUCUGUUUUCUGGUACUCUCUUAGAAGCAGCCCAUCUUUUUGUUGCUUUCAGCUGAGAAAGGAUGACCCUAAUUUACAUAAAUAUAUUAAAUAUUUGUUAAAAAAAAAAAGAAAAAAGUAUAUAUAUAUAUAAAAUGUUGCUUUCUUCAUUUCUAUUACGGAUUUUUACAACAAAGUAAGUUUGGUUGAAGCUGUGAAUAAUCAUUGAGCCACUUUGCUUUAGUUCUGCAUUCAAGUAUUCUUUCAGACCUUCACUGACGCCACAAUGCAGUGCCAUUUGUCUUUUUGUCUGUGGAAACAGAGGUAAAAAAAAUGAGUAAAGAAACAUAUAUUUACCUGCUUUUUACUCACUGGAGCUAGUCUGGUUUCUAGGCAACAUGAUGGAUUUUCAUUUUGCAUCCAAGUCCGAAAAGAUUUCCAUGUUUAAAGCUCAAGUAUUUUGCUGUGUUCAGACAUAAAUACAAUGACAGAAGUACUUACAGUGAAAUGGCUGCAGUGCAGAAAAAGUCAUGCAGACUGUAGCUUGUAGCUUCUUCCUGUGAAACGUUUGAGCACAGCAGCAAUUUCUCUGACAAUAAUCACUUUUUUUUUUCAAUUUCUGCUUUCACAUUUUUUUUUCGCCUGUUUUAUGUGGCGUUUUAAAAUCUCUAGUAGCACCUAAUUUAAUUCAGUUGUUUCUUUUUCUGUAUUGUCUUGAACAUUGUGGUUGGUUGAAUGAAUGAAAGGAAACAAGAAUCCAUGUAAGGCGUCGUCCGUAGCCUUUAACGGUAUGUUUUGCACUAAGUAUAGAGUGUUCAAGCUUCAUUUUAAAAACAACGAAACGUUGCGCUUUGCGCUACAGUACAAAUAAAUUUGUUACAUUAUUUGUAAAAACUUAAUAAAAGUUGUUUAAAUGAA